AUGGUGGAACAAGUAGAGAGGAAGCCUCAGAAGGAAGGAGCAAUGGUUGAACCACUUGACAUUGUUGCCUACUACAGGGAGGGUAAAUUCUUGAGCUUCAAAGAGACCAAACAGCCUUGCUUUCCCCCGUUCAAUACAGAGUUUUUUUAUCCAUCUCCCAACUGCACAAUUGUAGCUUUUGUCUCUUCACCUGACUGCACUCAAAACCCUCUUCCUGGACAAGGAGAUUUAGUUCCCUCUCCUCUCUUUGACUUCCUCUGCACCGAAGAAUACAAGUCCGUCUCCAUUAACAGAGCUGCAUUAACCCUCUUUACCUCUCUCCACGAUCAUCUCUCUGGACUAAAAACUCAGUUGACUGUGAUUGAAGGUCAAUUAAUCAUCACUGGGCACUCCCUGGGAGGAGCCGUUGCUUCUCUCUUCACCUUAUGCCUGCUAGAUGAAAAUUUAUUAAAACCCAAAUGCCGCCCCUUUUGUAUCACCUUUGGUUCACCCCUCGUCGGCGGCUUUGGCCUCCAACACUCCAUAUGGAAUUCUUUCUUCCUGCAUGUAGUGUCUAACCAAGACCCAGUCCCCGGUCUCUUCCUCCCAUCUGGCAGAGGCAGAUCUACGCCCACAUCCUCCCAUUCACAAACUACCGGUUACAAGCCCUUUGGGACAUAUCUCUUGUGCUCUGAACUUGGUUGUGCUUGUUUUGACAACCCUGAUUUAAUUUUGGAAUUGCUGAAAGUCAUAUCAUCAGAGGUUGCCGGAGGAUUGCAGGAUGUUGAUUAUGGGGAGAUUUUAAGAAACCUCAAGGAGAGGGCAAUCUGCAAGGGACUUCCGCAGGUGGGUGAAAGGUUUGCAAAUCCAUUUUCAGCUGGGAUCAUCAUGGAACUUGAGACAAUUGGAUUUAAUCAAACAAAGCUGCUGCAGCAUAACAUUGAUAUCGAGACUGUGAUAAGCGCAAUGGAAGCGGAAGCAAGAAACCUAACCCAGAAAAAUAAAGCUUCCGAUGCCAAGAAACUGAAUGAAAUAAAAAUAGACAUGACCCGGCUAGAAUUGUAUAAGAAGAAUUCGAACAUGGGUUACUACGAUUGCUUCAAAAACCAGGGGUCUAAAAGGGACAUCCACGUUGAACAGUUUAGGGUAAACCUCACAGGGUACUGGGAAGGCAUGGUUGCACAAAUACAGAGGAAGCCUCAUAAGGAAGGAGCAACAUUUCGAACCCGUUGGCUCUAUGCAGGGACGGUUUAUAGAAGAAUGGUUGAACCACUGGACAUUGCUGCCUUCUACAGAGAGGGUAGAAAAGACUACAUGAAUAAAAGAUCUGCACAUUACAAGCUGUUGCAGGAAUGGUAUGAGGAAGAUGUGAAACCCCCCUCUAGAGAUAAGCUUGAUUCCAAGAAGCAAAAGGUGUCCAGUAUCCUAACUGAGGAUUCUUGCUUUUGGGCACAUGUGGAGGAGGCUAUCUUGUCAUGCGAAUUGCUCAAGAGUGAAAACUGUAAUCUUGAGGAGGGAAAAUCAUCAUGGGAUAAUCUGGUUAAGUUCGAGGAGUAUGUAAUGGAACAGAUUGACAACUAUGCAGUGUCCCCUGAGAUUUUCUUGGAGAAAAGCAGCUUCAUGAAAUGGAGGGGACUGUAUGAGGGCUACAUAGAUACUCGCAGUAAUUCCCAUAGCUCGCCAUUGAUCAGCUUUAUGAAGAAUCGUAGUUAUAGACAAUAUGGAUAGAGGGGUAAUCCAGUUUGUGUGUUGUGUGUAUUGUUUUGUGAGCAUUCAAUGGAUAGAACUAGAAAGAGUGUGACCUUUUCCUUUUUUUUUUCAGUUGCUGCCCAUAUUCUCAGCACUAUUUUCUUCCUUCUUUUCCUCAGUUUUUUUGUUAAGAAAUGAAUAUUAUGAUGUUGCCGGGAUGCACUUUCA